GAACAUGAAGACAUCUCCUCACAUGCUCAACAUGAAUCGUGGUCAUGAGGUUUUUUAAUGGGGUCAAACUCAGUUUCCAGUGUUCAGAGUGUUUGAAGAGACAAAGCAUCCAGUGUGAGCUGCAAUGCUUCAACCACACAGGGAACAUCAACUUCUUUAUGUACUCCAAAGCAUAAAGAUAAUACAAUACAUGCACAGAAAAUACAUUUUAUACAUGCAAUGUUCCAUCAUUUUGAAUAUGUGUCCCCUUAUGAUAAGAUACUUACAUGAAACUUUAGGAAAAUAUAUCAUAUGCACACAGACAGAAUCCAAUAUAUAUAUAUAUACAGUAUAUUGGAUUUUUAUGUUAGGCUUGAAAAGGUUGUGUCAUAACUAAAAGAACCAUGUCGUGUUAUAUGCAUCCUUUAUGUAUUUCCCCUCUUGUAUUGAUCUUUAUGGUCUCAAAACCAAGAAAUCAAGAAAUGAAGGCUAAACUCUUACUUCCUAAGAUGACUUCAUCUUGAGUUCACUUUAUUCUAAUCAUGUAAAUUGUGCUGCUGUCUACAGCUUGUAAUAUAACACACCAGUAAGUCUCAGUAAUUACAUUAAAUAUGACCCCUGACUCUUAUCUUAUCAACACACACUGCUAUACAGGAAUACAUUUGUCCAACGUGUGGCAUUCAAAUCAGAAUAAAAACACAUUAUUGCUGCAUAUCCUUCCAGCGUGAUUACUUCCAGGUUACCUGCAGUGUCUAAUAACGAUGAAAUAAUCACGUUUAUCUGAUAUUGGUCCUCCAUGUAAACCUACUGCAGCUCUGCCUCCCUUUUCAUGUCCAUCUCUUCUUUAUUUGAUAUCCUCUCUGUUGUCAGUAACUGAGCACCAACACGUCUCUCACAGCGAUCCCUUCAUUCAUAAUCCCCGACUCCUUCAUCUCAUUGACACACACGGAGGAGAGGAAUUAGUCACAAGUGAUUGGCAUGAAAUGCCCGAUCAUCUCACGGCCUCCGAGAGGAGAGACGUAAACGCCCUUGACAGCUGCGUGGUGCUUCAGCCUGGAAGCAGAAACACACCGGCGACCAUGUGAUAUUCCUCUGGACUCUUAUUGAUCUUUGCUUGACCUCUCAUCGUAACUCCACCGAGCCGCCGCCUGAAAGAAGUCUCUUAAAAAGAGAAGAGUGGCAGCGCACCGCGGCUCUACAGGGCUGAGUUCAUCCCUGUGUUCUCUUGAGGACGUUGACUCCUCUUCAUCACAACUAAAGGAGUAGAAGUGAGCCGACAGACGCCAGGAGGCUCACAGCAGCAUCAUUGUCCCCGUGCAACGCACUGAGUAUAAUUAAAUAUGCCACUUAUGCUUCACUGAUUUGUUUCCUUCACAAUUUGAACUCAGCUGAAUGCAUGUUUUUCAUGUGCCGGCUGCAUUGUGGAGCGUGGCCUCAUUACAGGGCAGAAGGACUCGGGUGGGGGAGGGGAGGAGAAGCGCCCCGUGAAGACAUUGUGCUUAACAUCACUAAAUACCUCAAACGCCACAUUGUCCUCCCCGGCCCUCAAUUAGUGGGCUCCUUGUGCAAAGCAGCGAUUUCAUCGUGACUUAUUUUUAGAGGGAAUCCGGCCCGGUGCCUGCAGGAAGGUCUCAGCCUCACGAGGAACCCAGCAGUCCUGCAGCGCCGCUCGUCUCAGAGCUCCAGCGCCAACAAAGCCUCUCUUCAGCCUCGAUGUGGCUUCAGACGACCGGAAAAGGCUCGAGCGGAGGGUCGCAGCUGUAGAUCUGAGUCCAGCUGAGGAGCCUCUUGGCCCUCAGGACCCUCAGGACCCUCAAGACCUUCAGCGCGUGGAUCUCCGUGAGGAGGAGCGCCUCUCUGGUGGCGGUGACAGGGAGAAUUAGAAGCUUCACAUUAAAGACGGUUCAAGGAAACACGAUGUCCGACCUGGAGGAAAUGUCGUCAGAAGGUCUGAACGUCACGCUGACGCUGAGGCUGCUGAUGCACGGAAAGGAAGUCGGCAGCAUCAUCGGGAAGAAAGGAGAAACAGUGAAGAGCAUGAGGGAGGAGAGCGGCGCCCGUAUCAACAUCUCGGAGGGGUCGUGUCCCGAGAGGAUCGUCACCAUCACCGGCCCGACGGAGGGCAUCUUCAAGGCCUUCUCCCUGAUCGCGCACAAGUUCGAGGAGGAUGUCACUGCAGCGAUGACCAACAGCCCCGUGACCAGCAAGCCGCCCGUGACCCUCCGCCUGGUGUUCCCGGGGAGCCAGUGCGGCUCGCUGAUCGGCAAAGGAGGCUCCAAGAUUAAAGAGAUCCGAGAGACCACGGGCGCUCAGGUUCAGGUGGCAGGAGACAUGCUGCCGGACUCCACGGAGAGGGCCGUCACCAUCUCCGGCACGCCGCAGGCCAUCACUCAGUGUGUGCGGCACAUCUGUGCCGUCAUGCUGGAGUCGCCACCUAAAGGAGCCACGAUUCCCUACCGGCCCAAGAGCCUCGGAGCUGGAGCCCAUGCCAUGAUGGCGCCGCAGCACCCGGCACAAGCCUUCUCCAUCCCAGGCCGGUAUGCGUUCGCUCACCAGGAUUUGACCAAGCUUCACCAGUUGGCUCUGCAGCAUGUCCCCCUCCCUUCCCUUGGGCAGAGCCACCCUACCUUCCCCGGAAUGGAUCUGUCUGCCCCCACAAGUUCACAAGAACUGGCGAUACCCAACGAUUUCAUUGGCUGCAUAAUUGGAAGACAAGGCAGCAAGAUCAAUGAGAUUCGGCAGAUCUCUGGAGCUCACGUCAAAAUUGCCAGUGCCACCGACGGCUCGGCCAUGCGCCAGGUCACGAUCACGGGCUCGCCGGCCAGCAUCAGCGUGGCCCAGUACCUCAUCAACGCCAGCUUAGAGAUGGCUAAAUACACCAUGCAGGCCGCUUCCUCUGCGACCCCAGUUGACCUCAACAUGGGCUUCUCUCACUGCGCUCCCUCCGCUGCUGCCUCUAUGGCCAUCCUGGCGGCCUCCACCCAAGCCCCCACCAUUAAUGUCCACUCGCCCUCCACCUUGCAAAGCCCUCAUUACGUCCCUGUUUCCAGCCUGCUCGGCAUGAAAGGUCUCCCCCUCCUCGUCCACCCAGCAGCCUCUUCCAGCCUCGCUCACGGUUUAUGUCCUUACACCGGCAAGAUGUUGGCCCCCGGCAUCAAAAAGUCUGAUCGCCAGAAGUUCGCUCCCUAUUGAUGUCUUUUUAUUGUUGUCUCUUUAGUGAUGUCUCUUUAAGUCACGUCACUGUAGCUGACCAGUGAGACAUUCGUUAAAUGAUCAAACAAUUCAAACAAAUCAAAUUGAGCAUAUACAGACUCACACAUAGCUCACACGUAGCUUACACAUAGCUCACACAUAGCUCACACGUAGCUCACAUGUAGCUCACAUGUAGCUCACACAUAGCUCACACGUAGCUCACAUGUAGCUCACAUGUAGCUCACAUGUAGCUCACACAUAGCUUACACAUAGCUUACACAUAGCUCACAUGUAGCUCACAUGUAGCUCACUCAUAGCUUACACAUAGCUCACACAUAGCUCACAUGUAGCUCACACAUAGCUUACACAUAGCUCACACAUAGCUCACACAUAGCUAACACUAAGCUCACACAUAGCUCACACAUAGCUCAUACAUAGCUAACACUAAGCUCACACAUAGCUCACACGUAGCUAACACUAAGCUCACACAUAGCUUACACAUAGCUUACACAUAGCUCACACAUAGCUCACAUGUAGCUCACACAUUGCUUACACAUAGCUCACACAUAGCUCACAUGUAGCUCACACGUAGCUCACACAUAGCUCACACAUAGCUCACACGUAGCUAACACUAAGCUCCCACAUAGCUCACACAUAGCUCACACGUAGCUAACACUAAGCUCCCACAUAGCUCACACGUAGCUCACACGUAGCUCACAUGUAGCUCACAUGUAGCUCACACGUAGCUCACAUGUAGCUCACACGUAGCUCACACGUAGCUCACACGUAGCUCACACGUAGCUCACAUGUAGCUCACACGUAGCUCACACGUAGCUCACAUGUAGCUCACACGUAGCUCACACGUAGCUCACAUGUAGCUCACACGUAGCUCACAUGUAGCUCACACGUAGCUCACAUGUAGCUCCCACAUAGCUCACACGUAGCUCACAUGUAGCUCACACGUAGCUCACAUGUAGCUCACACGUAGCUCACAUGUAGCUCACAUGUAGCUCACAUGUGGCUCCAGACUGCGACCAAAUGGUCGCAUUUUGCGCCUAAAAUUAGACACAGUGCGAGUAAAUUUUUCAUCAACUCGCGCAUGCGCGACCAGUAAAUUAGCAGAUUUCUUUUUUUUGUUAUGAAAUAUUUUUUGUUGCUGACAAACUUGUUCUACACUUCAGCCCACUAUAGUUAGCGGUAAUGCCUGAAUGACUGGUUUGCUAACCGACAUUAACUCCAGAAGAAGAAGAAAGGAGACGAAAACCGAAGAAGAAGG